GAUGUCAAUGUUGAUGAACUUAAGACUGCAGUUCAACAACUUGAAGACAGAGUUGAAAAAACUGCUGAUAAACUAACAGAAACCCUGGAACAAGUUCAAUCGGUCGUUUCAACACUGGCAGCUGAUACAGAUAUCCCGGAUAACAAAAAGAAGUCAAUUAAUUCAAAUAAAUUACUCACUAGAGAGGAGUUAAUUGAAUUAUUCAGAAAUUUUCAUCACGGUCCCAAAGUAACUGAAGGAAUCACAACAAUCGGAUUGGUCGGUUAUCCAAAUGUGGGUAAGAGUUCGACAAUAAAUGCGUUGAUGACUGUGAAGAAAGUUUCCGUUUCGGCGACUCCUGGCAAAACAAAACACUUUCAAACCUUGUUUCUGGAUAAAGAUAUUAUGCUAUGUGAUUGUCCUGGUUUAGUAAUGCCAAGUUUUGUAUUCACCAAGGCAGAGAUGGUGAUAAAUGGCAUUCUACCGAUUGAUCAGAUGAAAGAUCACGUUCCUCCUGUGAAUUUGGUGUCUAGUUUGAUUCCUAGACAUGUUAUCGAGUAUCUUUAUGGAAUUAUGUUGCCUCUGCCCAUGGAAGGUGAAGAUCCUGAUAGGCCACCGACAUCGGAAGAGCUUUUAAAUGCUUAUGGAUAUAAUCGUGGGUUUAUGACUGCUAACGGUCAACCUGAUAAUCCACGAAGUGCUCGAUUCAUUCUCAAGGAUUACAUCAACGGGAAAUUGUUGUAUGUGCAUGCGCCAGUUGGUGUAAAGCAAGAAGAGUUUCACACCUUUCAAGAGCAAAGAAAAGUCGUAUCCGAACGACAUGUUCAACCGGCAAGAGAAGUCCGUGCAAGCAAACCGAACAGGUUGACAACUGAAGACUUGGAUAAAAUGUUCUUUAAAACUCAGCAUCAAGGAGUGCAUGCUAAGGGUGAGCGUGGAAAAGCAACAGGUCUGCCUGGAAUGCUAGGCGGAGCUGCCGCGGGCACAAGCAUGGAAAAACCGUGGAAAAAACUGCAUAAACACGAGAAUAAAAAG